AAAGCGAAAGAGGGGGCCGGGAAGGAAGGGCGGGGCCGCCCGGAGGCCCCGCCCCCUGCCCUGCGCGGCUGCUGGACCCGCGGGCGCGCCCAGGUAAGGCGGCUCCGAGCGCGCAGUGCGGACCCUCGCGGGAACCUGCGCCGCCGCCACCAUGUCUCAAGAAGGUGUGGAGCUGGAGAAAAGCGUCCGGCGCCUCCGGGAGAAGUUUCAUGGGAAGGUAUCCUCCAAGAAGGCGGGGACUCUGAUGAGGAAAUUUGGCAGCGACCACACGGGAGUGGGGCGCUCCAUCGUGUACGGGGUAAAGCAGCAAGAUGGACAGGAACUGAGUAAUGACCUGGAUGCCCAGGACCCACCAGAGGAUAUGAAGCAGGACCAGGACAUCCAGGAUGUGGCGACCUCCCUCCUGCCACUGACAGAAGCCAACCUCCGCAUGUUCCAACGCGCCCAGGAAGACCUCAUUCCCGCCGUGGAUCGGCAGUUUGCCUGUUCCUCCUGUGACCAUGUCUGGUGGCGGCGCGUACCCCAGAGGAAGGAGGUGUCCCGGUGCAGGAGAUGCCGAAAGCGCUAUGAGCCAGUGCCAUGUGACAAGAUGUGGGGUGUGGCUGAGUUCCACUGCCCGAGGUGUCGGCACAACUUCCGGGGCUGGGCACAGAUGGGGUCCUCAUCCCCCUGCUACGGGUGCGGCUUCCCUGUGUAUCCAACACGGAUCCUCCCUCCACGCUGGGACCGGGACACCGACCGCCGCAGCACCCACACCCACUCCUGCUCGGCUGCCGAUUGCUACAACCGGCGAGAGCCCCACAUGCCUGGGACGUCCUGCGCACACCCCAAGAGCCGAAAGCAGAACCACCUGCCCAAAGUCCUGCACCCCAGCAACCCCCACAUCAGCAGUGGCUCCACUGUGGCCACCUGCCUGAGCCAGGGGGGCCUCCUGGAAGACCUGGACAACCUCAUCCUGGAGGACCUAAAGGAGGAACUGGAGGAAGAGGAAGAGGAGGAGGAGGGUGGGCACAGGGAGUGACCCCUGACAGGGGCAGAUGCAAGCCAGACACACUCUGUGGAGAUUUUGUGUUGUUAUAAAAUAUGAGCUCAAACUGCGAUCUAAACACCCUUCUGGAGCCAUUUGGGUCUGAGAUGCCAGCAGGGGGACUCCUGGGUCCCGUUUUCAGGGGGACAACAGGACAGACUGUGGGAUGUGGCCCCCGCUAAGUCACAAAGCAAGUGUGGCCAGGACAACUUGGGCUCCUGCUGACAAAUGUCCCCUGGGACCUGGGGGACAGACAGACGGAUGG